AUGCCUUUAAUUGCUGAAUAUGGUGUGCUCAAUGUUGUUGGAAACUAUCAACGUGUCAAACGGUUCUCUAGGUCUGAAGCCGGGGUUACUCAUGUUUUAGUAACUGAAGGCGCUAGCUAUAUCGGUUCCCAUGCUACAGUAUGCCUUCUCAAGGACUCUUACCGUGUAACUAUAGUGGAUAAUCUCUCUCGUGGAAACAUAGUUGCAGUCAAGGUUCUUCAAGAAUUGUUUCCUGAACCCGGGAGACUUCAAUUCAUUUAUGCUGAUUUGGGAGAUGUAAAAGCCGAACACAAAAUCUUUUCAGAAAAUGCAUUCGAUGCGGUUAUGCAUUUUGCAGCGGUUGCAUAUGUUGGGGAGAGUACUCUUGAUCCUUUAAAGUAUUAUCACUAUAUUACAACGAAUACGCUGGUGGUACUGGAGGCUAUGGCCGCACAUAAUGUUAAUACUUUGAUAUAUUCGAGCACAUGUGCGACUUAUGGAGAGCUUGAGAAGAUGCUGAUUACCGAAGCAACUCCUCAGUUUUGCAGUGAGAAACAUCACCUUCAAGUAGCAGCUGCUGAGAAGAUCGACCAGCUCAUGUCGGAGUUGGAGGCCAGAGGUUACGAUGGGUUUAACCUGGUGCAGAGGAUAAAGGAGGGAUUCACUUGGUUUAAAAAGAAGAAACAUAAACUCCUAUACAUACCAGAACCGACACCCAGAACCAUUUGCUCAUCCCUACUCGAGACUGAUUGCAUAUAUGUUAUUGUGUGCUUUUUAUUAAGUGUUUUUUUCUCGAAAUAGUCUGCUAUAUACUUGGAUCGUGUAUUAUGACUUUGGGUAUGAUUUUCUUCUUUGUUAAUAACCAGCAUGAACCAAUAUUGGCGCUGAAGAUGGCAUAUCUGACCCUUCGCUUCUUCGCAGUGGUGUUUCUUUUAUGCUAAAACGUGGUGGAUUCUUGAGACGAGUUGAGCAACUCACUUGACAACUGAUACAUCACCACCGAGAAAAAGAUUCCGGUAACCCAAAUCCAUCGAUUUUCGCCGGUAACUUGACAACUGACUCGUCACUGUCGAGAUCAAGAUUCUGGAGUCAAAAUUUGCUCACAUAGAGGGUUAAGAAGGUUUUGAUUCAUCAUUCAUAGGAUAUGCAGACGAAGUCGUGGAGGAACGUAUUGCAGACAAUGAAGUGAUAUUGAUCAAAGGAACUAAAACCACAAGUGCAUGGAUUAAAACCUGGCCGAACUUUUUCUUUUUGUUCAUUUUCAUCGAGUCCUUUCUAUUUUAACUAUAAAAAGAAUUAAAUUAUCUAUUUGACCUAUUUAUACUAACAAAGAUAUUAAAAUCUUCAUUGAAGACAUUAUUGAUUUGUUGAGCUUGAACAGACUGCAAAACCGAAGUUGCUAUGCUAUCCUACAAAAUGCCUCUCCAAGGUAUUAUUUCAUGUAUGUUACCUAACUGAAUGAUUGUAAAUCUGUCAACGAAACAGGUUACAUUUAGGUUACUCUAUACAGAUUUUCAUUUUCAUUAAAUAAAUCCAACAAAGACAUGGCAGAUGAACAUCAACAAUGAAAAAAAGGAAUUAUUAUACCUGAAUUUCCUAGACUGAUGAACCGUAUGAUGGAGAAAUUAGGAAUGCAAAUGGAUGCAAUCUUGAGACACUUAUUGAAAUCCAGUAAAGGAAGUUAUCAUCUGAUUAAAGGAUAGAUAUAAAGAUGUUGAAGUAUGAUGGACAAGUAAUUAUUGUAUGUUGACUAUUUGAUACACCUUUAACUAUCGUAACAUAUUUAUAUAAUGUUAUAAUAUUAACUAACUUUAAUUUGUACUAAUGGAUUUAAGUUUUACU